AUGUCACAAUUCUUCUGGCAGACUGCACUCCAGAAUCCGGCACCGCAGAAUGAGCCGCACCAGAAUCGUGUUCAGAAUCAAAGUGCUGUGCCGUCACAAAAUUUGACAGCACCAACAAUGACGACGACGUCAAAUCAAGAUGAUAUCGGUUGGAGUAGUAUUGGACUUGCGAACAAUGCNCCACAGCAAACAAAUCAUUCGAUGCAACAGCCACAACAACUUAAUCAGCAGCACUUCUACACCACGACAAAUAAUCCCAGCAUAACCGCAUCAGAAUAUUCGUCGCUAGCAUCAGAUCCGUAUGGUGCAGCUGUUCUUCAAGGGUACAGUGCCAGUUCGGCUUCGGGUUAUCAGUUCGCUUAUCAAACGCCACCAAACAGCCAAACUGAACAGUUGAAUUACGUCGUCAGUGGCGGCUACGAAAAUGCUCAAAACAAUAAUAAUAAGAACAAUUUUUAUGGUAUUUCUGAGGAGGAUUCAAACACACUCUAUCAUAAUCAGGUGAUUUAUUUUUGUUGA